GCUCCCUGGACUCAGCCUUCAUCCGCAAGGACCCCUACGGGGUGGUGCUCAUCAUAGCGCCCUGGAACUACCCCAUCCACCUCUUCCUGGUGCCCCUCAUUGGGGCCAUCGCUGCUGGGAACUGUGCCAUCAUCAAACCCUCUGAGGUGUCCAAGAAGACAGAAACACUUGUGGCAGAAGCGCUGCCCAGCUACCUGGACAAGGACUGCUUUGCUGUGGUGACCGGUGGUGUGCCAGAGACCACCAGGCUGCUGGAGAACAAGUUUGACUACAUCUUCUUCACUGGCAGCCCCCCGGUGGGGCGAAUUGUGAUGACAGCCGCUGCCAAGCACCUGACACCGGUGACACUGGAGCUGGGGGGCAAGAACCCCUGCUAUGUGUCCGACACCUGUGACGUGACCAACGUGGCGCGGCGCGUGGCCUGGGGCCGCUUCUUCAAUGCGGGGCAGACCUGCAUCGCGCCCGACUACCUGCUCUGCACCUUGGAGAUGCAGGAGAAGCUGCUCCCAGCCCUGCAAAAGGCCAUCAUUGAUUUCUAUGGCCCCAACCCCCGGGAAUCCCCGGAUUUUGGCCGCAUUGUGAGUGACAAGCAGUUCCAGCGGGUGCAGAGGCUGCUGUGCAGCGGACGCGUGGCCAUCGGGGGACAGAUGGACGAGGCCGGGCGCUACAUUGCUCCCACGGUGCUGGCAGAUGUGCUGCCCUCAGACCCUGCCAUGCAGGAGGAGGUCUUUGGGCCCAUCCUGCCCAUCGUCGUCAUCGCCAACAUGGAUGAAGCCAUUGACUUCAUCAACGCACGGCCACGGCCAUUGGCUGUCUAUGCCUUCUCCUGCGACAGCAAGAUUGUGAACCAGGUCCUGGAGCGGACGACCAGCGGAGGCUUCUGUGGCAACGACACCCUGAUGCAUGUGACACUGACCUCGCUGCCCUUCGGAGGCGUUGGGAACAGUGGCCUGGGCAAAUACCAUGGGAAGUUCACCUUUGACACCUUCUCCCUCCACCGUGGCUGCCUGCACCGGAACAUGGGGCUGGAGACGCUCAACACCCCACGCUACCCACCCUACACCCAGCAGAAGUUGGGGCUCCUCACGACCACCUUCGAGGUGAAGCGCAGGGGCACCUGCACCCUGCUCUGAGGCUGCCAUGCCCUGCUCUGGAGAUGCCACGGAGUCAGCGGGAAGAACUGGAACUGUCCCACUCUCCCUCUUCAUCGCACUCCCCACUUCCUUCCUCACUGUGUCCCUUGCCUCGCUGGAGCAUGUCAGACAGCCAGGAUGGACAUCCUCUCCUGCACCCUUUGUGGCCUCUGCUUCAAACCAUUUUCCAGGACACAGAUGAAAUGACCAAAAUCUUUUUCUUAGUCCAAACUUCUCUUUCUGCUGGAGAAGCGCUCCCAUCAGUCCCAUCUCCCCUCACACGGACUUUUCCUUUGGAAUGAACCUCUGUCCCUCCUCGCUGUUGCUCUUUGCUCCGUGUAACUCUGCCUGUAGUAAAGACUUUGCAUCAAACUCUC